ACCACGCCUCUUCACCACCACGAACAUUGUUGUGGAGUGACGUCAGCGGCAGGCGAUGCGGGCGGCCAUUACUGCUGGCUGUGUGAUACCCUGAAGCCAUCUGAGGCGAAAGCUGGGAGCCCAUGGCCAGGACCACUAGUCAAGUGUAUGAUGCCAAUCUCAUUCAGUCCAGUGUGGUCAUAUGUUCAUGUCCAUCCCCCUCAAUGGUGAGAAAUUCGUCAGACUCCAGCUCUCCGCCGAUCCUGUCAACUUGCGGGAGUAGGUUGAGUGCUAGCAUGGAUGUCAGGGCUGCUGAUACCCGGUCGAGCACAAACCCACUACAGCACACGGGGCAACCUCAACAGCCUCGAAAGAAACAACUCCAAGAUUUUAAGCUAGGGAAGAUACUGGGUGAAGGGUCUUUUUCCACAGUUGUCUUGGCCAAAGAGUUAGCUACGGGAAGAGAAUAUGCUCUUAAAAUUCUACAGAAACGACAUAUUGUAAAGGAGAACAAGGUACCAUAUGUGACCCGAGAAAGGGAUGUGAUGUCUCGCCUGGACCACCCUUUCUUUGUUAAACUCUAUUUUACAUUUCAAGAUGUUGAAAAAUUAUAUUUUGGCCUUAGUUACGCUAAGAGUGGUGAACUACUAAAAUGCAUACGGAAGAUUGGCUCAUUUGAUGAGACCUGUACUCGGUUUUAUACGGCUGAAAUUGUUUGCGCAUUAGAAUAUCUACACGAGAAGGGAAUCAUUCACAGGGAUCUGAAGCCUGAAAACAUUUUACUUAGUGAAGACAUGCAUAUCCAAAUAACAGAUUUUGGGACAGCGAAGAUCUUAUCAUCAGACAGUAAACAAGCACGAGCAAAUUCGUUUGUCGGGACAGCACAGUAUGUUUCCCCUGAGUUGCUUACAGAGAAAGCUGCCUGCAAAAGUUCUGACCUGUGGGCACUUGGAUGUAUCAUAUAUCAGCUGGUAGCUGGGCUACCACCUUUCCGAGCAGGAAAUGAAUAUCUUAUAUUUCAGAAGAUUAUAAAACUGGAAUAUGAAUUCCCAGAAAAAUUCUUUCCUAAAGCAAAAGACCUCGUAGAAAAGCUUCUGGUUCAAGACCCUACUAAGCGAUUAGGCUGCGAGGGGAUGGGGGGUUUUGAGCCUCUUAAAGCCCAUCCAUUCUUUGAGAGCAUUACAUGGACAGAUUUGCACCUUCAAACUCCACCAAAACUCACAGCAUAUUUACCGGCAAUGUCAGAAGAUGAUGAAGACUGCUAUGGAAAUUAUGAUGAUCUAUUGAGCCAGUUUGGGUGUAUGCAAGUAGCUUCCUCAGCUUCUUCACAAUCGCUUCAUAUACCAGAAACAGUCCAACCCCAGAGAUCCGGUAGUAACAUAGAACAGUAUAUACACGAUCUAGAUAAUAAUUCUUUUGAGCUUGAUCUUCAGUUCUCAGAAGAUGAAAAACGUCUAUUGCUGGAGAAGCAGGCUGGAGGAAAUCAAUGGCACCAGUUUGUAGAAAAUAAUUUAAUAUUGAAAAUGGGUCCAGUUGAUAAAAGAAAGGGUUUAUUUGCACGCCGGCGGCAAUUGCUCCUUACUGAGGGGCCUCAUUUAUACUAUGUGGAUCCUGUAAACAAAGUACUAAAGGGAGAGAUUCCCUGGUCACAGGAACUUCGCCCUGAGGCUAAAAAUUUCAAAACCUUUUUUGUUCACACACCAAACAGAACAUAUUACCUGAUGGACCCUAGCGGAAAUGCCCACAAGUGGUGCAAAAAAAUCCAGGAAGUGUGGCGGCACAGAUAUCAAAACCAUCAAAAUAGUGGCAUAUAGCAGUACUUAACCUAAAUAUUCUCCAUGCUUCCCUUCUCGCUGCUAGAAAGUCCCUGAUUCAACAGAUGAGCUUUACUUAGCAGAACAGAAGAAAAACCCUUCUCCAUUAAACAAGACAUCUUCAUUGAAAUAUGAAAUUUUGAAAGAACAUGAAGAAAAACAAGGAACAUUUUUAUGGAAUCCAGGGUUGCUUAGCUUCGUCUCUGUGCUUUUUGUUGAGUUACAACAUGCAUAUCGUUGCAGUGAAGACAUUUGCUUUUGUACUCAACGGCUCUAUAGCUACUGCAAAUUAGUGAGUAGGCCUUGCUAUGCAAGCUUAAAGUACAGUCAGUAGAUAAACAUUCUAGUACGUGCACACAUUGGCAAAAAUCAUUUACAGUAGUUGUCCACGGGACCUUGAUUUGAUUUUUGUUUUUCUGAUUUAUUGCUAAAAAAAAUAAUUGUAUUUUAUCAGGGAGCUUCUUAACCUCCGUUCUGCAAAAAAGCAAAGCGAGAUGGAUGCAGUGUAAGAGCAGAAGAGGUUAAUUAUUAUGUGAUAGUGUGAACAUCAACUCUGUAUUUUUUUCUUUCUUUCUUUGGUAUGUGGCACAUUCAGUAAGGUCAAAUGCACCUUUGCAAAAUUAUAAUCUCCGUUUUGCGGGAUAUCAGUGGUACUUUUACUUCUGUUAGUACAUGAAAUGUGCGUCUUUGACAGACAGACUCAAUAAGAAGCAUCCUGCAAGGAAAUGAAAAAAAUGUUGACCUUGGCGAUGAAUAUAAUCAAUAUUAAAAUGUAAUCUUAAAUAGUCAAAAAAAAACUCCCUAGAAAAUCAUUUUAACUUUACAGUUUAAAAGUUCACUUUUAAUACAUACUGACGUAAACUAGAGUUGGUGCAUGUUUUAACAUCAUCAAAAUGAGAGAAAAAAGUGAUUGGCCACAGAUAAUAUGCACUUUUGUGGAUUUUAAUGGGCUAAAUGUUUAUUAAGUGAUUACUGGCUAAAAUUACAUUUGCCUACAAAGAGAUGUCUUAGCAUAGAGCUGUAUCAGCUUAACGUGAUCUGUACCUGCUGCUAUUUCAGUCUGAAACAUUUUCUUCUUUUUUUUUUUAACAUGUAAUUUUAUUUCGGCCACAAAAAUGAUCACAGACCAGAGUUAAAUAUUGAAUAUAUGUUUAUGGUACUUUUAAUGAAAUCCAAGAUAUUGGUUUAUUAAAUGCAUCUAUUUUGUGGUCAAAAACAUUUCUUUAUUUAAAAGAGAAAACAAAGCAUUGUCUACACUAAGUAACUUUUUUUUAGUGGAAAUUAGUCAAAUAUUACAUUUUUUAUGAAUUUAGUGAUGAGGUUUUUGGUGUAUGCUCUAAUAAAGGGCACAGACACCAGUCUAUAUCAAAAUUCAGUUUGUUUCUAAUUAAUAUUCAGUAAUAGUGUCAUUUAAACCACUUCUUAAACUUGUUAGGUGACACUAUAGAGGGCACGCCAACUGCAACAGCUUUGCCCCUGGUACAAGACUGUAUUAGUCUGGUCUAUGCAGUUGGGUGUUUUGCCUGUGUGCAGCAUAUACCUGUGGUUAGACUACUUGAGAGAGAGAUGACAUCUUGGUUCUCUGCCUUAGUAUUUAUUCUAUUGCCCAAAAAGUUGGUUAUUAUGGGGCACUGCUGCUCAAAGGUAACCCCAUUUACCUUGCACAGUGACCUGAAGAAAAUCUCAGCUAUUAAAGGAAAAAAACACAAAAAAUCUUCUAUGAUCCAACUAGUACACAAGUCUGUCUGUCUGCUUGAAUAACUAUUUAUGUGGUGAAAGCAUAUUUCAAUGAUCAUGCUCAAAUCUUGGGUAUUUGUCAGCUAAAAUAAUUAAUUGGUGACAGUGUUUAGUACUGGUGUAUCAAGUUGCAGAAUAAAAAAACAAGCUUGAUAAUAGUAUGUAAGCUUCCUUUCAGGUCGGUGGCAGUUGGGUAUAAACGUGUUUUUAUUCUCUACCUGGUUUGUAGCUGACUGUAACUGUGAUGUACAGGCAAAACAAAGAAAAAAAUGGAAAAAAAAUAAUGUAAAACAAAUAAUGCAAUGAUAUUCACUUUUGUAUUUUUCUUCUUGUAUAAGGUUAUUUGCUGGCUAAUUGUUGGCCUUUAGUUCAGUCUAUGUUAUUUAAAUUCUAAUAUAUGAAUUAUUUGGAUUGAAUUCAUGUUCCCGGCCACGUUGUUGUAUGUAUUGCUGUACAGCCAUGAAUGUGAAUAAUUAUUGGAAACUAUAUUUUACAACUUUUUUUUUUCUGGCUUUAUUAUAUAAAUUUUCUAUCUGGUCAAUGAUUUAAUCAAUUUUCUCAUAAUUUAAUGAUUUUUUUUCUUUUUUUUUUUUUUUCUUCUUUCCAAAUAUUUGUGCCCCUAGAUGUAGUUACUGAAUGAGGAAUUUUUCAAAUAUGCUCGAGUCUUGUAAUAAAAAGCAUGUAGGGUUA